AUGGAAGUAUUACUCAAAGAACCAUCUGAACAUUCUCAUGUACCUGAUCCAGAUCGACUGCACCUCAUUCGACUUAAAAAUGAAAUUAAAAGUCGUGGUGCAUCAUCAGAUGAAGAAGCUAGUACGAUACUAUUUGAUGUAUUACGGACAAUUCCAUUAACUAUAACUACUGAUUUACCUACAAAUGACGCAUUGUUGCAAACGAUUCGAUGUGAACGACCAGCAAUGCAACUUGAUCAUAAUGGUCGUUUACCUUUAAUAUUACGACAAACUGAUCGAGGAGAAAGUUUUAUUCUAUAUGAAGAUGAUUCUAUGAUUGGACAAGAUGGUAAAAUAAUUACAACUUACCAAAAAAAUAAUCAGCAAUUACAGGUAACGCAUCAAUUUUGGAUGGAUGCAUAUACGAUGAGCUUUAUGUUAUCAUCAAUAAAAUAUGUUCAAAUAAUGAAAUCAUCUUAUUGUGAUAAUGGAGAACUAGUUAAACGUGAAGAAUUUUGUCAAUCAUUGAGCAAAAAAAUGCAACAAAUUUUGCCCAAGAACGUUCAAAGAACAGCAGCUAAUUUUCGUGCUUUAUGUAUAGGCGAAAAUUUUCUUUGUUAUGUCGACAGCAAAUUCAGUCAUAUAUUUCCGCAAUACAUCAUUAGAGGUGUUGAUAUUCAAAAUUUUGAUGGUUCAGAUGGUGAAACUAUAUAUGAUAAAACAUUAGCUGAUGAAAAUUGCAAUAACAAGCACAAUAAAUCUGGUCUAUUAUCAAUGGUUAAUUUUGGUCCAAAUACAAAUGGUUCACAAUUUUUCAUUAGUUCAAUUGCAUUACCAUAUUAA